AUGCGGCGCCUGCGUGACAGCGGUGCUAGUGGCAUGACAGCCAAACCGUCGCUCUUGGCGCUGCUGGCCGUUGCAACGACGACGACGACGACGACGUCGGCUGCGCAACCAGUGGUGCGCACACAAUACCGUCGGCAGUCAUUUUUUGGUGAACAAAGAGCAACGGCGCGGCGGUCGCGGCAGGCGCACAGCCAUCCAUUGGCACCGAAAGACCCUGCCGCACGCAACAUCGUCAUCCCAGACGCGGUGCACGCCAAGUCCCGCUCCGCCGCGGUGCUUCCCGCAGAGGUGCUGCAGAAACGGGCGCAGCGUGCACUCCUGAUGCAGCUGCAGCAGAACCUUGUCUGGGAGGGCACCGUCAUUGACGAUGAACGGCACGACUUAAUACAGCACUUUCUGAAGCUGCGUCAGAACCCCAAGUACCGUUCCUCAAAGCAAAUGAUGAUCUUAGGCGGCAAGGACAUGUUGCGGGAGCUGUUUGAGGACGGGCACGCGCCGCGGCAUCUUCUCAUCCGGGGCACACAGGAGGUCCCUUCGUGGGCGAAGAAGAAAGGGGUAAAGACGGAGAUUGUGCGCGUCGAUCGACACGUGGCGGAGGUCUGUGCCCCUGGCAACGACGGCUACAUUGGUGACUUUGACAUUCCCCCACCCCCGGCAAAGGAAAAUAUUAUAGCCAACAAGCAACGCUUUGACCGCGUCCUCGUGCUUGACAACGUGGACGAACCGGGUUUGCUGGGAACCUUGCUGCGGACCGCCGCUGGGUUUCAGUACGACGCGAUUAUCGCGACCAACCACUGCGCUGACCUUUACGACCACCGCGUGGUGCGGGCAGCUCGCGGCGCCCAUUUUCAGAAGGGAGUGCCGAUAUACACUUUGAAGGACGAGGACGGUGAUGACGUAUACGGUAUGCUGAACCACAUUCUACAGAGGAACAACAUGGCCACUGUUUGCUUUACCCCUGUCGAUGACGACGUGGAGGAUAAUAAUACCGGCCAGGCGCCACACUUGACGCCAUGCAGCUCCACUUCCCAUGUGGUCCCCGUUGCAAGGGAGGCGCUUUCGGACUACUGUCGUCGCUGUUUCAGAGAUGAAGAGGCGAGGGGUCAGCUCCUCAUCGCGGGCCCGAAUCAUAAACGCAAUUCGCUGAGAAGGUGGUCCAAACGGCUUGCCGGCCCCGUAACUCAGUUGCUACUUGAUGAGGUGACGCAGACGGAUUCGUUGGUGGCGCUUUCUAUCGUUCUUCAUGCCCUUCGACCGCAUGGAAACUUGGAUUACCUCCCCACAAGCGAUGCACAUGGCAGCCGCGCCGCGGGUCUGGAGCUGCAGACACUGAAGGCGAGGGUUGAUAUUGGUGCGGACCGUCUGGACGUGCGCGAAGCGGACUUGAACCUUGAUGAAGAAGAACAGGUAGAGAAGGCUCGAUUUAAGAAUGAGUUUAUGCGAUGGAAGCGGCUGCAGCGUGGGAAACUGAGCGACUACGAACGCUGGAUGGAGGCGGAGACGCAACGUGUGAGGGAAAUGGCGGCGAAUGAAAGGCGCCGGCAGGUGAUGCCGUGGGCUCGACUGCGUUGGCGUCACCAGAAGGGGGCGGCGGGGCUGCCGCCGUCGGUGCCAAACAUCAUUGACGAGUACCGUAUGCCGCUUGAUCGUGACGCGCUUCGUGAGGAACAGGAGUUAAGUGUGGACUACGUGAGGCCGGAGAACUAUAACCGGUAG